UGAUGUCUGCUUUCUGUUUAGCAUUACUGCUGGAGGUGUAAUGGAUGUUAACACCGCCCUCCAAGAAGUGCUGAAGACCGCACUUAUCCAUGAUGGCCUCGCUCGUGGUAUUCGUGAAGCAGCCAAAGCCUUGGACAAGCGCCAAGCCCAUCUUUGUGUCCUGGCUUCAAACUGCGAUGAACCCAUGUAUGUAAAGCUAGUUGAAGCACUUUGUGCAGAACACCAGAUCAACCUGAUAAAGGUUGAUGACAACAAAAAGCUGGGUGAAUGGGUAGGACUCUGCAAGAUCGACAGAGAAGGGAAACCUCGCAAAGUAGUGGGCUGCAGUUGUGUGGUUGUCAAAGAUUAUGGCAAGGAAUCUCAGGCCAAAGAUGUCAUCGAAGAGUACUUCAAGUGCAAGAAAUGAAAAAUAAAUUUUGAGCCUGAUGA